AUGAGUGGUUCUGCUGCCACUGAGACCAAACCCAAAAAGGUUAAAGCUCAUCCUCCUUCUUGCAUUAUAUCCAAAAGGAUAUCUACUCAGUUCAGCCACAAAGUAGCUCCAAUAAUUAGUGAGUCAGCUGAUCAGAUAUAUGCAGUCUGUGGUAAUCAGAUCAAUAUAUACUCUCUAACAACUGGGAUUAAGACUCAUACCUUGAGAUCUAAGAGAUAGAUUAAUGAGGGUGCUUCAGAUAAGAAUAUCAAAGGGGAUGUGCAUAAAGCUAAUAUUGUGCUUAUUCAUCUUUAAGAAGACAAGUUGAAAAAUUGUGGUAAAAUCAAGCAUGCAUAAAUGAUUCAAGAUCACAUUAUUGUUUAUGACUCAUAGCAAAAGACUAUUAAGCUUUUCGAUUCAUUUUCCAAGAAUCUAUUGAACACCUAUCAUGAGAACAAUAGCUAAAUAGGCCAAGUAAAUGGUAUUGCCUUAUCAAGACAGUACGCAGCUUAUAUCAAGGGAAGAAACCUAAAUAUCAUAGACCUCGAUGACAAAAGCCAGCAAGUAAAGGUCAUUUAGAGAGAGACCUUACUCAGAGAAGUGGCAAUUAAUGAAUAAGGCACUAUAAUAUCGUUGGGAGAUGACUAUGGUAAAAUCUAUUUAGUCCACAUCAAUUCUCAAAAAAGCAAAAAUAGCUCGACUGUUAUUUAAACUCUUCACUGGCACUCAAACAGAGUAAAUAGCCUUGUCUUUAUCCCAUCUACUCCUUACCUGCUUAGUGUAGGAAAUGAAGGUGUAAUUGUUUAAUGGCACUUAGAGACCUAAAACAAGACAUUUAUCAGUAGAAUCGGCAACAGCAUCUAAAGUAUCUCUUUAUCUAAUCCAUCCCAGCAAUAUUACUCCCUAACCCUCAAGGAUAACUCUCUCAAGGUCAUUAGAUUUGAUAACAAUAAGACAGUGGUUGAUGUAAGAAACCUCAGUUUUGAGAGCAACAAAGACGUCCAAGUUGCAGGUAAUAAUCUUAUCUUGGCUUAAAAUGGUGACUUACUUUUUAAUGAUUUGGUUCAAGGUGAUUAACUUCAAGCGUAAGUUCUCAAAAUCAAGCAAAGAAAUUAUGUAUCUUAAGAUAAAAACGCAAAUGAAAUAUAGACUAAUGUUUCUAGCUUCUGUAUUACACCUGAUCAAAAGAAUUUAGUGACCUUCGAGGAACUCAUAGAUGUUGAUAAUCAGCAUAAAAGCAUCUAGAUUUAGGCUUUGAAGUUUUGGCAUAGAGAGCAAGUCACUUCUGAUAUCAAUGAUUUCUAAAUGAUCUAGCUUGUCCAUGAUCCAUGCUUGAAACAAAAUCAAAAAAUACUUCUGCAUGCAGUAAAUAAUACCUCCAUUGUAGCUAGCAAUGGAAGCCAAAUAUAAGUAUGGAAUUACGAAAAGGAUGGAAAAUAAUGGAUUAUAUAAGAUCAGUUUGAUUAUCAAGAACUAGAGGCUGUUUAGAUUCUAAGCGAGAUAAAAGUUAGAAUGAGUGACUCAGCUAAAGCUAAGAGAUGCUUGGUCAUUUUGCACGAGGGUGGAGUUCUUACUUAUUGGGACUAGGAUAAUUACUAUAGAUUCGUUUACUCAUUCAGACUUAAUGAAGACAGCAAAAAGGUUGUAUUCGAGUCAAGUCAUAGAUUCCUAGCCUCCUUAAGUGUAAAUGGUGGUGUUGAAGUUUGGAAAACUAAAGGUGAGAGAGAAAAGCAUUGGUGGGAUCUCAACUUUGCAUCAGUUAGCGAUAUUUCAAAUAACAACCAGAAAGAAAACUAAUUCAUGAUUUCAAUGAACUCAGAGGAUGACUCCUAAUAGAUGUCUAAUAGCAUCCUUUUAUUCUAGUACUCAAGACCAUAGAACCUUGUUAUGUACUGGAAAUCUUAGUUGCCUUUCAUCAAAUUCCUGGCUUGCGAUGUGAAUCCACUUUCAUACAUCUUAAUCAUAACUAAAAAUCAGGAGCUUCAGAGAGUAUACUUAGGAGCAGAUAAACUUCAACUCAAAAAGGUUGCUUAGACAAGAAGACUAAGUAUUGACAUAAAAAUCUAGGAGACUGAGAAUAAGCUUUAGGACUUGAAGCAAGCUGAUUAUGGAUUCAUCCAGCAGAAGUAAGAUAGACGCAUGUCUGACGUACAAGAGCGAGCUCUACUCAUUAACUAUCAAGAGACUCAGAUUCAGAGACUUGACCAGGCAGAUAAGAUUAUAAGUCAGAGUGAUUUUAUUGGGAUGCCCUCUCUUUAAUUCUGUUUUGAUUAAUUCAUAUCCGAGAUGCUGCCUAAGCCUAAGAAUAUUACAAGCCUUAUUGAUCUAUAAGAAGAACUUUAAAAGAUUGGCCAGGGUUUGAAUAACCUUCAAGACAGAGAUGAAGGCCAUGGUGGUGAUUACGACAUGGAGGAUAAUGAUCUAGUAGCAUAGAAUAAAAAUGGCGAUGUGGUGGAUGCUAUUGGAAAUGGAUUAUCUAUUUUAUUCUCAUCGCUUUUGAAAAAUGAUUGA